GGCCAAUGCUGAGUGGAUACGUUAUAUGUCAGUCAACCGUCAACAAUAUAUGAAGAUCAUCUGAAUCCAUCCAUAUCCGUUUAACAAUAACAGAAAGAGAGAUUGAAAUUAUGGCAAGUAUGCUUUUGAUUUUAGCACUGAUUAUACCAGUAAUCUGGUGUCUGAAAUUCUUGAACAAGAUAUGGUGGACACCGAAAAGGAUAGAGAAGCAACUGAAGAAACAAGGGAUCCAUGGAUAUCCUUACAGGUUGUUACAUGGUAAUAUGAAAGAGAUGGUGAAGCUAGCAAAGGAAAACAGGCCUAACCCUACUGGAUCCACCCAUGAUAUUAUGCCUCUUGUCAAUCCCUUUCUUCACAAGUUGGCUAUCUCCUACAAGAAUACGUUUGUAGUUUGGUAUGGAACAACUCCCCGUGUGGCAAUCAUGGAUCCCAAGUUGAUAAAAGAGGUGUUAUCAAACAAAUCUGGUGAUUUCCCCAAGCCAGAAAUAAAUCCAUUGACAAAGUUGUUUGCCAGUGGCCUUGCAACUUAUGAGGGUCAAAAAUGGUCCAAACAUAGAAGGAUUAUCAACCCUGCCUUCCAUAUGGAAAAGCUAAAGCAAAUGUUGCCUGCAUUUUCUACCUGUUGCGAAGAGCUGAUACAGAAAUGGAACAAUCUAGUAUCUGGGUCGGGAGGUUCUUGUGAAUUGGAUGUGUUUAUAGAGUUUCAAAACUUCACUGGAGAUGUUAUAUCAAGAGCAGCUUUUGGGAGCAGUUUCGAAGAGGGGAGAUUGAUAUUCUUACUCCAGAAGAAACAGGCGGAACUCUUUUUGCAGGCUCUGCCUUACGAGAAAUUCCCACUGUUAAGGUUUCUUCCCACCAAAGUAAACAUAAGAAUGAGGCAAAUUUAUAAAGAAGUUCGAACCUUAUUAAGAGGAAUAAUAGAGAAAAGAGAAAAAGCUAUACAGAUGGGAAACAUUAGUGACAAAGAAGAUUUACUUGACCUGUUGUUAAGGUCUAAUCUCAAUGAGCUUCAAGGGAACCUCAAAUCAGAUGCCGGUAUGACAACAGAGGAUGUGUUUGAAGAAUGCAGACUAUUUUACUUCGCUGGUCAGGAGACCACAGCCAAUUUGCUUACAUGGACUAUGAUUUUGUUGAGCAUGCAUAUCGAUUGGCAAGAGCAAGCGAGAGAAGAGGUCUUGCAAAUUCUGGGGAAAAAUAAACCAACUUUUGAUGACUUGAACCACUUGAAGAUUGUGAAUAUGAUCCUGCUUGAGGUUAUGAGAUUAUACCCGCCACCUUGGUUUAUUCGAAGCAUAGUCAAAGAGACGAAACUGGGAGAUUUCUGUUUUCCGGCAGGAGUUGAAUUGCUUAUGAUGAUGGACACUGUCCAUAAGGAUCCUGAACAGUGGGGAGAAGGUGCAAUGGAAUUCAACCCGCAAAGAUUUUCUGAAGGUAUUUCCAAGGCGUCCAAGGAUCAGUUUUCAUACUUCCCUUUUGGUUAUGGACCAAGAAUAUGCAUUGGGCAAAACUUUGCAAUGCUUGAAGCUAAACUGGCCAUAUCACAGAUUUUACAACACUUCUCGUUUGAACUGUCGCCUACUUAUACCCAUGCUCCUUCUCUUGUUCUAACGCUUCAACCCAAGUAUGGCGCCCAGAUCAUCUUGCAUAAACUUUAAGGAAAAGUUGAACACCAGACACCGCUUGAAUUUCUUGUCGAUAAUCAUCAGUAAAAAGAGGGCACACAUGUUUUGUUGUGCAUUACCAUAUGUUAUCCAAGUUUUUAAUGCAGUAGAUGGCACUAGCUUUGUUCUAAGCAAUCUAAAUGACAAGAAGGGCCAUUGCCACUCUAUAUGGUUGGCAAAUGGCAAGCAUUUUAAAUUUCCAUA